ACCUUAUUCUUACGAAUUUCUGUAAUUAAUACGGUAUGAUGUACGGAGUAAUUCAUACGGUAUAGUAACGGCGGACAAUACAGUUUGUUGGUGGGGCCAGGCAGCUAUGCAAGUUGUAUACGACGAGCAGAUACAAAUAAAUACGGAAUAUAAAAUAAAAUAAAAAAUCGAAUGGCUGGCCAGGAAAUGAAUGACUGAGAAGAGACUUGAGCCUCCUUCCACCCUUUCCCACUCAUUUCCAUUCGUUCUUUUCUUCUCUGCCCUUUCCCCAUUUUCAACCAUUCUCAUCAACACAGUCCAGAAUUCCAGGCCUCGAAAAACCAAUCCGAUCAGAAGAAAAAGGUUCUGGAGGCCGGGAGAUUCAACCAUCUCCCCCUCCCUCUCCGGCCUCAUUCAAGGCCCGGCCGGAAUUGAAGCUGCUGCCCGGAAAAGACCAAGGAACAAGAUCAGAGAUCAAGUAGGGAAGAUGGAGGAGGAGGCCCAGUCAUUGCGAUAUUGGUGUUACAGGUGUUCUCGGGCGGUGAACCCAUUGAGGGAAAUUGGGCCGUUAAAUUGCCCCAUCUGUGAAGGCGGUUUUUUGGAGGAAAUGGAAACUGCAACGGGCCAAGCAGAUAGCGGCAGUAUUACAAGUGAGUACCCGUUUGAUUCAGAACGUGCAGCUCUUUCCCUUUGGGCACCCAUCUUGCUCGGCAUGAUGAGCAACAAUCCACGUCGUGACCGUAGACAUGGUACUAGUAGUAGGCUCAGACAUCGUAUAGAACUUCUAGAAGAAGAUCAUGAUGAUGAGGAGUUGGACGAUCAUACUACUAGUGAGCAUAACCGCGACCAGACCGAACUAGACCGUGAACUGGACACCAUCAUCCGUAGGCGGCGGAGAAGGAGCUCGGCCACGAUCCUCCAUCUCCUCCAAGGCAUCCGAGCCGGAAUGUUAUCCGAAACCGAAAAUUCUGAAGGUGACGAUAGGGAUAGGGAGCGGGUAAUUUUGAUAAACCCGUUUAAUCAGUCCAUCAUCGUUCACGGCUCAAACAGCAGCAACAGCAACAACAAUAAUGACCAUUCUUCUUUAGGAGACCCACCA